UGUAUAGGGUGCUCUUUCUAAAUCAACCUUUGCAAACUAUAGUCCCAAUACGCGCAGUUCAUUAUAUAAUUGGAAACCUCAUUGCAUAGGAUUUAAACUCAUUGAGGCUGUUCUAUGCCAUAUAUGUCGGAAGGAACGACCAGGUGCUGUCUUAGUAUUUAUGACUGGGUGGAAGGAUAUAAGUCGUUUAAGAGACGGGCUUCAAAAUCAUCAUCUUUUAGGAGAUCGCAAGAGUGUCCUGAUUCAAACUUGCCAUGGUUUAAUGGAAACUUUUGAACAGAAACUCAUCUUUGAUAAACCACCUCCAAAUGUAAGGAAAAUAGUACUUGCUACAAAUGUCGCAGAGGCAAGUAUUACGAUCAAUGACAUAGUUUUUAUCAUAGAUUGUGGAAAAACAAACGAGUCCAGUUAUGAUGCUUUGAAUAACACUCCAUGUCUACUACCUUCUUGGAUUUCACAAGCAUCUGCACGUCAGAGAAGAGGAAGAGCUGGUCAUGUGCAGCCAGGAGAAUGCUACCACCUUUACCCCAAAUGUGUUUAUGAAGCCUUUUCUGAAUAUCAACUUCCUGAAAUUUUAAGAACACCCUUGAAUUCUCUUUGCUUGCAAAUAAAAAGUUUGCAGGUUGAGAGCAUUGGAAAAUUCCUAUCAUCUGCUUUGGAGGCACCAGAUCCACGUGCCGUCCAAAAUGCUAUUGAGUUUCUCACGACGAUCGGAGCAUUGGAUGAAGAUGAAAAUCUUACCAAUCUUGGGAAGGUUCUCUCGAUACUUCCUGUAGAUCCCAAGCUGGGAAAAAUGCUGAUAAUGGGAGCUAUAUUUCGGUGCUUUGAUCCUGUUCUAACGAUAGUUUCUGUCCUUAGUGUGAGGGAUCCUUUUCUUAUGCUCCAAGACAAGAGUGAAUUAAAACGUGCAAAGUCUAGGUUUUCUGCUAAUGAUUACAGUGAUCAUAUGGUUUUUGUUCGAGCAUAUGAAGGAUGGAAAGAUGCUAAAAGAGAAAGAUCAGAUUAUAAUUACUGCUGGAGAAAUUUUCUUUCUUCCCAGACUCUUCAUGAAAUUCAUUCAAUUCGGAAACAGUUAAGCUCCAUCUUGAAAGAAACUGGCUUACUAGAUACAGAUGCAAGUAUUAACAACAAUUUGAGCAUUGAUCAAUCUCUUGUACGUGCAGUCAUAUGUUCUGGACUCUUUCCUUGCAUAGCAUCGGUGAAUCAGGAGUCAAUUAAGACAAUGGAUGAUGGCUACGUUUUAUUAGCUGAAAUUUCUGUGAAUUCAAAGCAGACUAUUCCUUACCCAUGGUUGGUUUUCAAUGAGAAAGUAAAGAUCAAACAGGUUCUCAUCCGCGAUUCAACGGGUGUAUCUGAUUUAAUGCUUAUCCUUUUUGGUGGUGCUCUAAGUAAUGGGAAACAGCCGGGGCACCUGAAAAUGUUGGAUGGGUAUGUGGACUUCUUUAUGGAUCCUAAUUUAGCUGACUGCUGUUUGAAGCUCAAGGGUGAACUAGAUAGGCUUAUCCAAAAGAAGCUAGAAGAUCCUGGAAUUGACUUUCACAAGGAAGGGGAGUGCGUGAUGUAUGCUGUUCAGGAAUUGAUCUCAGGGGAUCAGUGUGAAGGAAGAUUUGUAUCUGCCCGUGACAGCCAGAAGCCUAAGGCCUCUGAUGACGAGAAUAAAUUCACAAAAGAUGGGACAAACCUGUCAUGAAUAUUGGCUUGAUGCCUUUCUCAUUGUUAUUCUUUAUGUAUAUAAAGAGGUUACAAGGCUAUCCAUAU